UCAGUCAGCUGAGCGCUGAGGAUGUAAACACUGAGCACGUGUUUAGAUAGCGUCUGAUCAAUAAGCGCUGGACUUUGAUCAUUCAGUUAAUUAUUAGUUUUACCGUCUGUCUGUCAUUCAGUUGCGCAUGUGUGUCCUGCUGACGAUUCAAUGGCGCCGUUAAAGUUUUGUGCCAAUAUUUCAUGGCUCUUCACGGAGUUACCGGAGAUCACGCAGCGGAUGCGCGACGCGGCGCGUGCGGGGUUCCGCGCGGUCGAGGCGGCGUGGAUCUACAACUCUGACCUGAAAGAGUUAAAAACCGUGAAGGAUGAAACGGGACUCAAGUUUGCGCUCAUAAACACACCCCCGGGAGAUUUAAGCGCAGGAGAUCUGGGACUGGGUGCUGUUCCUGGACGAGAGCAGGAGUUCAGACAGGGUUUGGAUCUGGCGGUGCAGUACGCUAAAGCACUGGACUGCAGGAGGAUCCACUUGAUGGCGGGGAGGGUGCCGGCGGGGGCGGACCGCUGCGCUGUUGCCAUGGAGAUGGAGGACACCUUUGUGCAGAACCUCAAACAUGCUGCAGGUGUCCUCUCAAAGGAAGGCAUUCUGGGAUUGAUUGAGCCAAUCAACACCAGGAUCACAGAUCCACGAUAUUUCCUCGACUCCCCACACCAAGCUGCAGUGAUCCUCCAGAGAGUCGCUCAUCCCAGCAUCAGGAUGCAGAUGGACAUCUACCACUGGCAGAUCAUGGAUGGAAACCUUACGCAGAAUAUACGCAAAUACUUACCAAUGACAGGUCACAUCCAGAUCGCUCAAGUUCCUGACCGCCACGAGCCGGACAGCGACGGAGAGCUCAGUUACACGUAUCUCUUCAAGCUGCUGGAGGAGCUGGACUAUCAGGACUACAUCGGCUGCGAAUACAAACCUCAGCGUUCAACAGAAGCGGGUCUGGACUGGCUCCGAAGAUACUGGAGCAGCCACAACUGAUGAGCAGCUUCACUUCUUCACUUCCUGCUUCUUCUAAAAGUCAAUCAUGUAUUAAGAUGACAAGAAUGUAAUUUUCUAAAGCUUAAAAUUGACCUUAAAAUUUUCUGUUGUUUUAUUGACAUUUCACUUGUCAGUAGCUAUGAAAUAUUAUUAUUUUUAUUUUUUAAGAUGUUUUAAUUUAAGAUUUAUUGUCGUACAAAUGACUUUCACACAUUUGAAUUCUAAUUCAGCUUCUAACAUGUUAAUAAAUAUUUCUUUCAAAAAUG